AUUGGGUGUGAGUGAAAGAGACACUCAGUUACCACCAUUAUCAUAACACAAGCUUCACUCAUAGGUUUCCCGCGAAACAUAGAUAGAUGGAUAUAUAGCGAGAGAAGAAAUUGUUGUGCUUGUGCUUGGCGUUGUAUUUUUUUCUCGGAAAAGAAAAAGGGUUUUUUGACAUGGCACUGAGCUUUCUGGAAAAAUCUAAGCCAAUUUGAAUUGGUCACGCUGGGAAAGGGAAAUGCUUGUCUCUUUCGGAGUCCAAAUGCGAGAUCUAAUAAUUGAAGCCUCUGUUCAAAGUUUCUUCUUCUUCUUCUUCUCCAGAUAUCUUUUCAGAGAGCUUCAAAUCUGCAGAUUUUUUGUUAUUCCUUUUUCUUACCACUUCUCCGUUCCUCCCCAAUAAAUUCUGGUCUCUUAGGUUCACUGGGGUGUUUCCUUUUCUGUGUUUUCUUUGUAGACUUCACAUUGGUUGUCACAGAUUGCAGGCCCAGUUCUGUUGUGGGUUGUGUCUAUCGCUUGGUUUUGUCUCAACUCGUGUCACCAUUUUCUUCAUUACUUUCUAAGCCACUCUAGCUGUCCCUUUUUUUCCCCUUAAUUUCUCUCUCUCUCAAUUAUUAGUUUUAUUUUAUUAUUUUGCUUGGUUUCUUUUUUGUUCAUUGCUUAUUAAAUUACUGGGAUUUUGAGCUUCUUCUGGAGGGAACCUUUCUGGGGUUCAGUAUCUGUUUCUUGGGUUAUUUGUUAUUUAAUUGUACUGGGUACUUGUGCUGAUGAGUUACUACCUUGUUUUGGUUUGCGGGGUAUUUGUGCAGUUGUUAAUGGUGUUAGUUUCUGAAGAUGCUCUGCGUUUAGGAUUAUUCUGCUCUUCAACUUGAGCACCCUAGCAAGUGUUUUAUGGGAUAAAGGAUAAACAAUGAGUGGUGGCAGGAAGAAGAAGCUGCGUUUAAGCAAGAUCUACUCAUUCGCCUGCUGCAAGGCAUCUUUCAAGGGAGAUGAUUUACAGAUUGGAGGAAAAGGUUAUUCCAGGGUGGUGUUCUGCAAUGAGCCAGAUAUCUUUGAGGAUGGUGUUAAGAAUUUUGCAGAUAAUUCUGUCAGAUCUACAAAAUAUACUCUUGCAACUUUCUUUCCCAAAUCUUUGUUUGAGCAGUUUAGGAGGGUGGCAAACUUCUAUUUUUUGGUCACUGGCACCUUGGCCUUCACAAAACUUGCUCCAUAUACUGCUGUCAGUGCUAUCCUUCCACUGAUUAUUGUUAUUGGGGCUACUAUGGUGAAAGAAGGUAUCGAAGACUGGCGCAGGAAAACACAGGAUAUAGAGGUGAACAAUAGAAGAGUUAAAGUUCAUAAAGUUGGUGGUAUUUUUGAAUAUACUGCAUGGAAGAAUCUGAGGGUGGGGAAUAUAGUGAAGGUAGAGAAGGAUGAGUUCUUCCCAGCUGACCUGCUGUUACUUUCAUCCAGUUACGAGGAUGCUGUUUGCUAUGUUGAGACCAUGAACUUAGAUGGGGAGACAAAUUUAAAGUUAAAACAAGGGUUAGAGGUAACAUCUUCUUUACAGGAGGAUCUUAACAUCCAAAAAUUUAAAGCUACAGUGAAAUGUGAAGACCCCAAUGCAAAUCUGUAUUCAUUUGUUGGAAGCAUGGAGUUUGAAGGGAAAAAUUAUGCUCUCUCUCCUCAGCAACUUCUUCUCCGUGACUCUAAACUUCGUAAUACAGACUACAUUUUUGGAGCUGUCAUUUUCACUGGUCAUGACACUAAGGUUAUUCAAAAUUCUACGGACCCACCUUCAAAAAGAAGCAGAAUAGAGAAGAAGAUGGACAAAGUGAUCUAUUUCUUGUUUUGUAUUUUGUUUCUAAUGGCAUUUGUUGGAUCUUUUUUCUUUGGCAUUGCAACUAAAGAUGACUUCCAAAAUGGGUUGAUGAAAAGAUGGUACUUAAGACCAGACGAUUCUACUGUUUUCUUUGACCCAAAAAGACCAGCUGCUGCUGCUUUAUUUCAUUGUUUGACAGCCUUAAUGUUGUAUGGGUUCUUUAUUCCCAUCUCCUUGUAUGUGUCAAUAGAAAUGGUCAAAGUUCUUCAGAGUGUUUUCAUCAAUCAAGAUAUUCAUAUGUACUACAAGGAAGCAGACAAACCAGCCCGAGCUCGUACUUCAAACUUGAAUGAAGAGCUUGGGCAGGUUGAUACAAUACUUUCUGACAAGACUGGAACUCUGACCUGCAACUCAAUGGAGUUCAUCAAAUGUUCUAUUGCCGGGGUAGCAUAUGGCUGUGGUGCUACAGAGGUUGAGAAGGUCAUGGGUCGAAGAAAAGGUUCACCACCAAUUCGUGAGCAUGAUAUUGAAUCUGAAGCACAUAACAUUAGGGGUUCGCUAGAUAAAAAAACACUUAUCAAAGGUUUUAACUUUGAUGACGAAAGAAUAAGAGAUGGACAUUGGGUUAAUGAGCCUCAUGCAGAUGUUAUCCAGAAGUUUUUUCGAGUGUUGGCAGUCUGUCAUACGGCCAUACCAGAAGUGAAUGAAGACACCGGGAAUGUUUCAUAUGAGGCUGAAUCCCCAGAUGAAGCCGCAUUUCUGAUUGCAGCAAGAGAACUUGGUUUUGAAUUCUACAGAAGGGGUCAGACUAGUUUAUCGACAUUUGAGUUGGAUCCAGUUUCUGGCAAUAAAGUUGAAAGGAAAUACAAGCUUCUCAAUGUUUUAGAAUUCAAUAGCUCAAGGAAGCGAAUGUCAGUGAUAGUGGAAGAUGAAGCAGGGAAAAUUUUGCUUCUCUGCAAAGGCGCAGACAGCAUAAUGUUUGAAAGACUUGCCAAGAAUGGGAGGGAGUUUGAAGAGAAAACCAUGGAGCAUGUGCAUGAAUAUGCUGAUGCAGGUCUGAGAACCCUUAUACUGGCCUAUCGUGAGCUUGGUGCGGAAGAAUACAAGGAAUUUAAUAAUAAAUUCUCCAAGGCCAAGAAUUUAGUCAGUGCUGAUCAGGAGAGACUGAUUGAGGAAGUAGCAGAUAAGAUUGAGAAGAACCUGAUCCUUCUUGGUGCCACUGCUGUGGAGGACAAGCUCCAAGAUGGGGUUCCUGAUUGCAUUGACAAGCUUGCACAAGCAGGAAUUAAAAUUUGGGUUUUGACUGGGGAUAAAAUGGAGACUGCAAUCAACAUUGGUUUUGCUUGCAGUUUGCUUAGACAAGGGAUGAAGCAGAUUAUAAUUCAUUUGGAUAGUCCAGAAAUUCAAGCACUAGAGAAAGAUGGGGACAAGAUGGCCAUUACCAAGGCAUCAAGGCAAAGUGUGCUCUUUCAGAUAUCUGAAGGUGCUGCACAACUCGGUGCUUACAGAGGGAGCUCUCAGAAGGCAUUUGCUCUGGUUAUUGAUGGAAAAUCACUUGUUUAUGCACUAGAAGACAAUAUAAAGCACAUGUUUCUGGAACUAGCGAUGCAUUGUGCAUCUGUUAUUUGUUGUCGCUCAUCCCCAAAGCAGAAGGCACUGGUCACUAGAUUGGUCAAAUCUGGAACUGGGAAAACAACCUUAGCCAUUGGGGAUGGAGCUAACGAUGUGGGAAUGCUUCAAGAAGCAGAUAUAGGGGUUGGUAUAAGUGGUGUUGAAGGAAUGCAGGCAGUUAUGUCUAGUGAUAUUGCAAUUGCACAAUUCCGGUAUUUGGAACGGUUACUUCUGGUUCACGGACAUUGGUGUUACAGAAGGAUCUCGUCUAUGAUAUGCUACUUUUUCUACAAGAAUAUCACAUUUGGUUUCACUCUAUUCUUGUAUGAAGUGUAUGCAUCAUUCUCUGGACAACCAGCAUACAAUGACUGGUUUUUGUCUCUCUAUAAUGUCUUCUUUUCUUCACUUCCUGUGGUUGCACUUGGGGUGUUUGACCAGGAUGUAUCCGCUCGGUACUGCCUGAAGUUUCCUUUGUUAUAUCAAGAAGGAGUGCAGAAUGUUCUGUUCAGCUGGCGUAGAAUACUCAGCUGGAUGCUUAAUGGAUUUAUCAGUGCCUUAAUAAUUUUCUUCUUCUGCACAAAAGCGAUGGAGCUCCAGGCCUUCGAUGCAGAGGGGAGAACUGCUGGAAAGGAUAUACUGGGAGUAACAAUGUACACCUGUGUAGUUUGGGUUGUAAACUUGCAAAUGGCACUGGCCAUAAGUUACUUCACCAUGAUCCAACAUUUUUUCAUCUGGGGUUCCAUUCUUUACUGGUAUAUUUUUCUCAUGGUAUAUGGAGCAAUGCCCCCACACUUUACAACAAAUGCUUACAAAGUCUUCGUUGAAGCUCUUGCUCCUUCCCCUUCCUAUUGGCUUGUGACAUUCUUUGUGGUGAUCUCAACCCUUAUACCAUACUUCUCUUAUGCCGCAAUUCAGAUGCGGUUCUUUCCCAUGUACCAUGAACUAGUACAAUGGAUAAGGCAUGAAGGGAAGAUUAAGGAUCCUGAGUUUUGUGAUAUGGUGCGGCAGAGAUCAUUGCGGCCAACAACCGUGGGUUCAACAGCACGCUUAGCUGCUAAGACUCACCACGUAAGAGACAGAAAUGUUAAACGGUAGAUAACAUAUUUUGACAAAUUAACCAUGAAAGCAUUUAGUUAGUUUCUGUACAGCUUCCUACAAAUAUGCAUCUUUUUUUUUGUCUUUGCCUGGGUCAUGUAAUUGCUUGGUGGCUGGCUCCUCUGAACCAGAAGGACCAGUAUGGUGCAAGGACCAGUAUUUGUGACGGAGGAUGGAAAGAAAAAUAAAAUUGUAUAUCUGUUUCGGCCAUUUUUGUGCUGCAAACAAUUCAUUUAUCCACUUGUAUCAUAGUAGUUACUGUACAGAGACAGACCAAUUCUUUGUAAGAUUGGAUUAGAGCUGCUUGCUGUUGUAGAAAACAAAGUUAUCCUAUUACUGAGAAGAUUUUUUUGUGUGAAGCAAUCUUAAAAAA